AUGGGCCCUUCGAGGACAGAAGCCUGGGAAAAGCCACGCCCUAUGACAAACAACAGUUGCAAUAACAGUCACUACAUCGGGCUGAUUUCUGGCACGAUGGAUACAGGGCCAAAGAUUUUAAGUAAACAUCACGGCGUUGCCGUGACGUCAAUCUUAAUUGGCAGAAACACUAGGAAAAAGCAAUUGAAAGAUAUGUCGACAUAUACUUUGUGCGUUAUCCCUUGCCUCUGGUGGUGGGUACGAGGGGCCUAUGGAUGGCCAUAUGUUGUAGGAAUCUCACAUCGAUGA